GGUCUCUAACUGCACUCCGUACGGAGUACAUUGACAUUGAUUGCGGUAAGGGUAUAGAUAGAUAGAUAGAUAGAUAUAAAAUAUAGGACUUGAGCAGCGGUCAGUCAACUAAGCGAGAUGUACCGAGUAAUCCAAGUUUACUUGUGUUUCCUUGUAGGAUCUUUAUUGCAUCAUAUGAUCUCCAGGUCACCAUGCCAAUAUCAUAACCGUGCGUCAACGGUUACUCACAACCCUGCAAAUAACAAUGCGCUUAACACCCAUCUAUCACAUACACACAUACACACGUACACACACGCCCACUCAGCGAGAUAUGCGCCCCAACACUCACAAGAACUUACGCACAACCGCCAAGCAAGAUCGUUAUGCGUCAUGUUUGCUGUUGCUGCCCUCUAGAUGGAUUAGAACCAAACCCCGGAAAACAAACAUCCCCAACAGUUGCCAAUCCUCGUCUCGAGUCCCAGUUUUCAGUUCCUUACAGACAGACCAGCCGAUAGAGAUAGACAGAU